AUGUCUUACAAUCGUAUUGCGGUCUAUGGCCAUCGUGGUUGGGCUGGCUCGGCCAUCUUCAACGCCCUGGUAGCUUCAGGUGCACCAGUCAAGGUGAUAUACCGUCCAGGCUCCGACGUUUCCAGUGUGCCAUCGGGCGUAGCAAAGGUUGAAUUGGAUAUCGAGAAGCAACAGCAAGAACUCGUUGCUGCUCUGCAAGAUAUUGACAUCGUCAUCUCCCUAGUCGGCCAUGAAGGCGUACUGAGACAGCACGCAUUCGUUAAGGCAUUACCGAGAACCAACGUCAAGCUAUUCGUACCUUCAGACCUCGGAAUUCGAGUGAACGAUGAGCAAGGACUACGUGUCCCUGUGAAUAAGACGAAGCAGGAAGUUGUCGACGCGGCCAAGAAGGCAGGCAUUUCCACAGCCGUGGUGCAGGUUGGUUGCUUUGCUGAAUCGGCGUUCUCGAUCGGUAUAAUGGGCAUCGAUUAUACAGGAAAUCGAAUGGUCUUCACCGGCGAUAGUGCUAACCAGUUGGUGAACAUAUGUACGAGGGACUAUGUCGCCGCAGCCUACGCAUCGAUAUUUGCCCGCACGCCUCCAGCUGAACUGGCAGGUCGGGUCAUCGGCGUUUCAGAACUAAAGGCCACAGGGAGUGAAAUCGCUGCUGCUCUGAAGAAGAAAUACGGAGUGGAACCGCACAUAUUCAAGCACAGCUUGGAAAAAGUCGACAAUGAGAUUGAGACUUGUAUUAAGAAUGGAAUCCCGCUAUCCCUGGCGUGGUGGUGUCGCAAAACGUGGGGCAAUGGAACGCUGGUGAAAUCUAUUGGCGAGGAAAUCUGGGAGGUUGAAGGCUACCCAAAAGCCACCUUAGAAGAGCUGCUUGUUGGUGACAAGCUAUCGCCCUACCGCGACUUGCCCCCACAGAUCAAGCAAGCUUUUAACUCUACAAUCCAUUAG